AUGCACCACCUCUCCUCCACUAUCCGUCUUUCCGCACGCAAAAUUAGUGGUGUUCGAUAUGCGCACAAAGAUAUCAAAUUCAGUAAUGAAGGACGCGCGGCAAUACUCAAUGGUGUCAACAUCCUUGCUAACGCUGUUAGUGUAACCUUGGGACCCAAGGGCCGCAAUGUGAUUAUUGAACAGAGCUUUGGCGGUCCAAAGAUCACGAAGGAUGGUGUCACAGUCGCUAAGGCUGUUACUCUAAAGGACAAGUUUGAGAACCUGGGUGCCAGACUCGUUCAGGAUGUCGCACAGAAGACCAACGAGAUUGCUGGAGACGGAACGACAACUGCUACCGUGCUCGCUCGGGCCAUCUAUGCUGAGGGCGUUAAGAACGUAGCUGCUGGGUGCAACCCAAUGGACCUCCGCCGGGGUUCGCAAGCAGCUGUGGAAAAGGUCGUCGCCUUCCUUGGCGACAAGACGAAGACGAUCACAACAAGUGAGGAAAUUGCCCAGGUUGCUACGAUCAGUGCGAACGGCGAUGUCCAUGUCGGGAGCCUGAUUGCACAGGCGAUGGAGAAGGUCGGCAAGGAGGGUGUCAUCACGGUCAAGGAGGGAAAGACAAUUGAAGACGAGAUUGAGAUCACGGAGGGCAUGCGGUUCGACCGGGGAUUCAUCAGUCCAUAUUUCAUCACGGACGUCAAGGGCCAGAAAUGCGAGAUGGAGAAACCGUUGAUCUUGCUCAGCGAGGGCAAGAUCAGUGUGCUUGCUGAUAUCUUGCCGUCUCUGGAGAUUGCCGCUAGGGAGAGACGGCCAUUGGUCAUUAUCGCUGAGGAUGUCGACGGCGAGGCAUUGGCAGCUUGUAUUCUCAACAAGCUACGUGGUCAACUGCAGGUCGCUGCGGUAAAGGCCCCUGGCUUCGGGGACAACCGCAAGAACAUCCUUGGCGAUUUGGCGGUUCUUACUGGUGGUACUGUGUUUAGCAACGAGGUCGACAUCAAGCUUGAGCAUGCAUCGCGGGAGAUGCUCGGUAGCUCCGGUAGCUUGACUGUAACCAAGGAAGACACGAUCGUUCUUAACGGUGAAGGCGAGGGCCGGGCAAUCCAGGCGCGGUGCGAGCAGAUCCGAGGGUUAAUUGAUGACAAGGGCACGAGCGAUUACGAUCGUACACGUCUACAGGAGCGUCUUGCUAAGCUGAGCGGCGGUGUUGCUGUCAUUAAAGUCGGCGGCAGCAGCGAAGUCGAAGUGGGAGAGAAGAAGGACCGAUAUGAUGAUGCCCUUAACGCGACGCGUGCAGCUGUUGAGGAGGGUAUCCUUCCUGGGGGCGGUAUUGCCCUUCUCAAGGCUUCGCAGAUUCUAGACGGUGUCGCGACCGCUAACUUUGACCAAGAGCUAGGUGUCAGCAUCAUAAAACGCGCCCUUGCUGGACCAGCUCGGGCAAUUCUAUCGAACGCUGGUGAAGAGGCAAGUGUCAUAGUUGGCAACGUGCUAGAGCGUUACGCUGGUGAAGACAAGUUUAGCUGGGGAUACGACGCGAGCAAGGGCGAAUAUGUUGACAUGGUCAAGAGUGGCAUUGUUGACCCGCUCAAGGUCGUACGCACGGCGCUGGUUGAUGCAUCCGGUGUUGCUAGCUUGCUGACGACGAGUGAGUGUUCCAUUGUCGAGGCAGAAGUUGAGGAGAAGGGCGGCCCACCGAUGGGCGGAAUGGGCGGAAUGGGCGGCAUGGGGGGUUUCUAG